AUGUGUAUGCCGAUGGAAGUACAAACCCAAACUACUUCACCACAAACUAUAAAUCCAAUACCUUCAUAUGAGGUAUUAUGGAAUAAAGCUAUAUCAAGCUCUAAACCAAAUUUAACCGAUUUAAUAAACUUUGAUUGGACACAAUCAGAACAAACAGUUAAUAAUUUUGUAGAUUUUUUAAUAAAUUUGGUUUCAUUUAAAUCAACAUUUGCUUUCGAAUGUUUUAAUAUAUUAAUAAUUGCUUUUGAACCAUACAAGAUUGCUAUUAAAAAUCAAAGUAAGGUUUCAUAUGAAAAAUGGGAAUUAAUAUCUAUGAAAGUCCAUUUUUCUUUUAAUAAAAUUUUAUCAGUUAUUCCACUUAGUUCAUCUAUAUUAGCAAAAAUUAUUGUAAAUAAAUUCCCACAUAAAUCACAUCCAGCCGAUGUUCAACAUUUCUAUUUAAAGAAUGCACUCUAUGUUACACGUUACUGCCAAUCAAUUAGUCAAACUAUUAUUUCAGCUGCCAUCUCCUCAAUGAUCCAAAUAGAUGUUUCAAUUUCAAUUGAUGAAAUGCCAGAUGAUGAAGAUUUACAAUUCGAUAUAGAAGGUUCCGAAACAAAUACUGCAGAAGAACAAGAAGGUAAAAUCAAUGCACAAAAAUUAGAUAUCCUUAUGAACUUGAUGCUGGAUUAUCUUGAUGUUAGGUUUGGUAUUGCAAAGAAAGAUUCUGGUAAUAUAUUUUAUUUCGCUGGCUGUGAACAACAAGAUAUUCAAACUCAAGACGAAAUAUUCAAUAAUUUGGUCAAAGUUUUCGAUUCAACAGUACUCCCAACCUACAAAUCAAAAUAUACUCAAUAUCUCUUAUUUUAUAUUUGUCGUAUACAGCAAAAGAACAAUAGUUUUCCUCCACUAAAUACAAAUCUGUCACUACUAUCACAGUUGCCGACAAUAUCAUCAUCUUUAUCAUCCAACUACAACAACAGCAGUAACAGUAAUAGUAUGAUGAGUACAUCACCAGUCUUUUACACACCAUCAUUUAAUAAAUUAAAUAAUUCAUCACCAAAUAGUUAUAAAAAAUCACCAAUUUCAUUCCCAUCAAGCUGCUCACCAAAGAAAUCAUUCAAAAACUUUUUACAUUUAGAUCCAAUUAAAACUGAUAGCAAUACAACUAUAAUAUAUGCAGAAUCAUUCAUCAGAUAUCUUUUUGGUAAACUUUGUAAUGAAACUAUUCAUUCUAUGCAUAGACACGCUUGUGCCGCUUAUAUUGGUGGUUUUGUUUCAAGAGCAAGUUAUUUACCACACCAUAUUGUAAAAUUAGUUUUCAAAGAUCUCUUAGGUUUUGCUAUGAAUUAUGUAGAUCGUGUAGAUGUCAAGAGCAACCCAAAUGUUGGUCCAGAUCCAUACAAUCACUCAUUAUUUUACUCAGUUUGCCAAUCAAUUUAUUAUAUAUUUUGCUUUAGAAAUACAAUCAUUUUAGAAAUUAGCAAUGAUAAAGAAGAUAAAAAGAAUGAAAAACAACGUGAAUUUUGGCAAGAUCUUCAUGCAGCCUUUAAAAAGAUUAGUACAAGUCGUUUAAAUCCAUUUAAAGUUUGUCUCAAAUCAGUUGUACGUCAAUUUUGUUGUGUUUGUUUAAGAGUUGGAAUUUUUCAAAAAUGUACAGGUAUUUUAAAAACAAAUAAAAAUAUUUUACUCUCAAAAACAACCGUUUCAAGUGCAUCAUCAGCCCCAACCGUUUCAAAUAAUCAAUUCGACUCUUUCUUCCCAUUCGAUCCAUACCUUUUAUACCACAGCAGUAAAUUCUUUCAAAACUCCUAUAUUCAUUGGAAAGAUAUUCGUAAAGAUGGUGAUGAGGAAAAUUUAGAGGAUUUAUCAGAUCAAGAAACCGAAGAUGAAGAUGACAUUUUAGAUAAAUUAUCAAGUGAGUCAGAUUCAGAAUUUUCAGAUUUCGAUGGAAGUGAUACAGAUGAUGAUACAGAUGAUGACGAAGAAGAAGAUGGAAGUGAUGCAGAUGUAAAUAAUUUAACUCAAGAAUUUAUGUCAUUUACUCCAACAGAAUUCGAUUUAAAUUAUCAUAUGAAAAAUCGAAAAUAUUAUUAA